CCUAAUUCAUCCAUUUUCUAUUCUACUGUUUCUCUUCCACUUCAGCUGCAGUAGCCUCCACCACUCCUGCGCCAUGAAGAAUCUCACAGCCUUGGGGUUCGAGGGCUCCGCUAAUAAGAUCGGCAUCGGCGUCGUAACCCUAGACGGCACCAUCCUCUCUAACCCCCGUCACACCUACAUCACUCCUCCCGGCCAAGGCUUCCUCCCCCGCGAAACCGCCCAGCACCAUCUAAACCAUGUCCUCCCUCUCGUCCGCUCAGCCCUCGACGAGGCCGGUGUCUCCCCUGCCCAAAUCGAUUGCCUCUGUUACACCAAGGGCCCUGGCAUGGGCGCUCCGCUCCAGGUUUCGGCCAUCGUGGUCAGAGUACUCUCUCAGCUCUGGAAGAAGCCCAUUGUGGCCGUGAAUCAUUGCGUGGCACAUAUCGAGAUGGGGAGGGUGGUGACUGGGGCGGUUGAUCCGGUGGUAUUGUACGUCAGUGGAGGGAAUACUCAGGUGAUUGCGUAUAGCGAGGGGCGGUAUAGGAUUUUUGGGGAGACGAUAGAUAUCGCUGUGGGGAAUUGUUUGGACAGGUUUGCGAGGGUUUUGACGCUGUCCAAUGACCCGAGUCCUGGCUACAAUAUUGAGCAGCUUGCAAAGAAAGGAGAACAGUUUAUAGACAUUCCUUAUGUUGUAAAAGGAAUGGAUGUCUCUUUUAGUGGACUAUUGAGCUAUAUCGAGGCCACUGCAGUGGAGAAACUACAAAAUAAUGAGUGCACCCCAGCAGAUUUAUGUUACUCCCUGCAGGAAACAGUGUUUGCUAUGCUUGUGGAGAUCACAGAACGGGCAAUGGCGCACUGUGAUAAGAAAGAUGUUCUUAUUGUUGGUGGUGUGGGUUGCAAUGAGCGAUUACAAGAGAUGAUGAGGGUGAUGUGCUCUGAGAGGAGUGGGAGGUUGUUUGCUACUGAUGAUAGGUAUUGCAUUGACAAUGGGGCAAUGAUUGCAUACACUGGUCUCCUUGCUUAUGCUCAUGGAGCAACAACUCCUUUGGAGGAAUCAACAUUCACACAAAGGUUCCGAACAGAUGAAGUGCAUGCAAUUUGGAGAGAGAAAGAAGAAUUAUCUAACACGGAUGGUCUAUUGGAGGGAAGCACCUAAAUCAAGUACAUUAUAAGAUUCAGUACUUGCAGUAGCUUGGAAGAUUAAAAACUACUCAAUGAAGUUCCCAUGAAGGUAAUAUGAUUAAGCCCCUUGGGGUUCUGUAUCAAUUUGUUGCCACUAGUUUGUCAAAAAAUAUCAAUUGAUGGAAAAAAGGACUCUUUUUGGAAGAUUAUUUAUAAUUGAUAUUUAAAAAGGAAAAAAAAAAAAAAAAAGUGUAGAGGCCAUUGAUGUCUCUUGUGCUUCUUAGGGCCAGUAUUAUUGCUGUAUAAUUAUUUUCCUGAUGAGAUUUCCCAUUCAGCCUGUUUGAACACUGAAGUUUUGUGCCUAAAAUAUGAUAGUGAUGAAUUUUUUUUCCUUA